AUGUCAAGCGGUUCAUAUUCCCCAGAGAACCAUCAUCUGGCGUCGCCUGGUGAUAUGGUGCCCGGAUUGUACGAUGGAACUUCCAGCGAGUCCUCGGCAAGCUCUCCAAUGAACUACAAUGGCUACGACACUUCAUAUGGCACGAACGGAUUUAUGACCUAUCCCGCAUAUCCCAUGGCUUACCCGACGCAUAAUGAGAAUGUGGCUCCAGUGGGCCUCAUACCGGUCGAACUUGAAAUUGAAGGUCUUUAUGAGGAUUAUGACCGCAGACGCCGCAAGAAUGGCAGCGAGAAGAUUGUUUCCUCACAUGUACACUCGAGGCGCAGAGCUCAAAACCGAGCCUCCCAGAGGGCAUUCCGCGAUCGUAAGGAAAAGCAUAUGAGAGAACUGGAGCAACGUCUUGGUGAACUUGAGGGCCGACACACCGACCUUUCCCGAUCAUAUGAAUCGCUACAGUUGGAAUACAGCAGCGUCAAACAAGAACUAGAUCGGCUUAAGAGCGACAAUUCGCGACAAGACGGCUCAUCUAAACACCACCAAUCCUCAAGAGACAUCGAAGACUCGCGGCGAGAAAUACUAGAUCCCCUUCUCUUUGAUGUUUCUGCUUUCUGCUUCGAUCAGGACGAUGGCCACAGUGUGAGGGAUUGA